AUGUUUCUUGUACUUAAUGAACUCAAGAAUGUAGGUGAAGACAGACUCGCAAACUUCAACGCUUUGAAAUCAAUUAUUACGGAUAAUGAGAUUAGAAUUAAUGAAAAGAAUCAACCCAGAAGAACUGCUCAGAAUGUUGCAAACUUCAUUUUCGUAACUAACAACGUUUACCCUGUCAAAAUUGAAGUUGGAGACAGAAGAUACGUAGUUUUAAGAGUUAAUGGUAAAUUCAAGGGUCAAUUUGAUUACUUCAAGAAUUUAAUGGAUUCAUGCACAAAGGAAUUUUAUGAUAACCUUUUAACAUAUUUUAUCAAUUACGACCUUUCAUCAUUUAAUGUACGAAUCAUACCGAUGACUGAAGCCAAACAAGAUUUAAUCGAGUUAUCAACAAAUCCUUUAGAUGUAUGGAUAAAUACACAUUAUGAUGAAUUGUGUGCAGGUAUGACGUGUAAAAAUGCUCUAUUCUGCAAACCAUCAGACAUGAAAGACAAGAAUUUUCAAAUGAGCAUUAAGGAUAAAUGUGAUAGGAAACAAAGAAAAAUAGAUGGUAAACAAACAUGGUAUUAUGUUUUGAAAGAAGAAAUGAAAGGAUUAUAUAAACAGGUUGAACCAAACGAUAAUGAGGAUUCAUUUACUGACGAUGAAAUACCCGUAAAUGAUGCUUUAUAA